AUGCGUCUUCAGGGCAACUUGGCGGCCGCGUGGGAGGCAGGACUUGUGUUCGACCUGCUCAUCUUCGCGCUGAUUGUCCUCAAAUCAUAUCAGACCAGAGUAGUGCGCGAAUGGUCAAAUGCAGUCAGGCUUGCGAAUGUAGGACUGAUGCAGAUAUUGUUGCAAGACGGCGCUCUGUACUUUGGGGUCAUCUCGCUGGCCAACCUAGCAAACGUGCUCACGUUUUAUGUACGUGUCAAUCUCAAAGACGUUCUCCCUAGACGCACAGAUAACGAAGUUCACAGCUCGCUCCGCAUGUCGACGACAAUGAUGUCACGGCUGAUGCUGCACAUCCACGAAGUGAUCGCUCCCCCGCCGUUGAGCGAUACAACCAUAAGCGACUUCGAAGCUCUGGAAUCAGAUGCUGCUCAGGUGGCGGAGCAUAGUGCGAACGCUAGACAAAGCAUCCCACAAGUCGGCAGCCGCGAUGUCAAAAUGGACAUGGAAUAUUCCACCGCUCUCCACGAUUAUCUCGAGCUCUUCUCUAUCACCAUCCUUUACUACGACCAUCUCAUCACCUUCUCCGAAGAGCUGCGGUAUAUAUGGAAACGGUCUUUCUCUAUGGCGUCGGCGUGGUUUCUCCUUUGGAAACGAGGUGAGGACACCUUUGCGACGGGACCUCAAUCGGUGCUCAUGCAUACCGUGCGCGUCAAUGCGCUAUUACCGAUCAGAGUAAACGCGUUCGCCCGUCAAGUGCUUCUCGUCGCGAGCCAGCUCGUCAUCUGCACGAUAUCGACCAUACGCACAUACGCACUUUACAAUCGUUCGAAAAGGAUCCUUGCCCUGAUCCUUACCAUCGGGCUUGCGGGAGCAUCCGUCGUCUUCUGGUCACUGGUGGGCGAACAUGGCAGAGGCAUAAUACAUGACGGAGAGAAGUGUGAGAUGGCCAUGACGCAUACCACGGCAGUUCACUUGGCGGCCGCGUGGGAGGCGGGAUUCGCGUUCGACCUGCUCAUCUUCGUGCUGAUCGUCAUCAAGUCGUACCAGGACCGAGUCGUGCGCGGAUGGUCGCGCGCGGUGCCGCUCGCGAACGUAGGGCUGAUGCAGAUGCUAUUUCUGGACGGCGCUCUGUUCUUCGGGAUCAUCUCGCUGGCCAACCUGGCGAACGUGCUCACAUUUUAUCUCGCUUCGCCCAUGCUGAGAGGGGCACUGUCUACGUUUUCGAACUGCAUCUCGACGACGAUGAUGUCGCGGUUGAUGCUGCACGUCCACAAAGCGACUGCUGCACCGUUGUUGGGCGAUGCGAUGACGCACAACGGCCACGACUACGACCUAGCCUUCCCAGAAUUCAACGCUGCCGAGUGCGCGGCGCGUGCUGUGUAA